CGACCGUCUUGAUCUCUUGGCCCCGCCGCUGACGCACUAUCUCCAUUCCACCUCUCCUCUUCUCCUCAAUUAUCAUCCCAGAGCGCCUCCUUCAGUCUCUGGGCGGCUCUUACUCUCGCGGCUGGCGCCAUGACGACCUCCAACCCCUCUCAUCUCCUACUGAACCGCAACCCUCGCUCGCCCGCCCACCCACAACUAGUCCAGACUGCCCUCUAUGCUCCCUCGCCUACUCCUGGACCAGCAGCGCACCUCUUCUCCUAUGGGUCUCCGCCUCCUUCGGAGAUCCAUCACGCACGGAGUCAGAGUACGCCCGCCCUUUCCUUCCCCGACACCGGCAGCGAAUGCGGGGACGAUGACGUUGUCGUCCACCCCACGUUCUGGAGCGACGCAACAUUCCCUGGGCGCGUCAAGGUGGUCGUCGGGCGGCACGAGUUCUGGUGUCACAAGGAGGUACUUUGGUUUGCAAGUCCAUUCUUCAGCGCAUGCUUGCAAGGGAGUUGGGCCGAGACCGAGGUUGCCGAGCCGCGCUUCCCCGCUGCGUCCGCGGAUGACGGGCGGCCAGAUUCCAUGCAAAUGGAUCCACCGGAGGAGAGGGAGGAGGCCGGACACGAGGGCGAGACGGAAGGGAAGACCAGCGUCUACCUUGAUGCGGUCGAUCACGGCGUCGCGGAUAUCAUGCGCGAGCUGCGCGAGCUGCCCGACCCGCGGGGCGACGCGUUGGAGACACUGGUUGAAGGGGAGAGUCUGCGACGUGCGGAGCGCGCAAGCGAGGCCGGGGAGGAGGUGAAGGCGCCGGCCAAGGAUGAGAAGGAGCUGGCCGUGCCUGCAGAGGGCGAGAAGGAAGAGGCAACACAAGAGACUGCUAAGACGCCGGUGGAGCACAAGCGGCGGUCCAAGGAAAGCCCAACAAAGCUGGAGCUCGACCUUGCACGUCAUGCCAAGCGGACGUCGGCGUCGAGCCUCAACCUCGCGCGCCGGCGGACACACAGUGCAGGCCGCGAGAGACGGCGGCAUGAGAGACACGACGCUCUCAUCGAGUUGCCAGAGGAUAGCCCUGCGGCAUUCCAGGACUUCUUAUUCUGGGCCUAUCCCCACCUCGAGUGUAAAGUGACAUGGACCAACGUGGCGCGUCUUCUUGCUCUCUCAUCCAAGCUCAUCGUUCCCGCCCUCCAGGCGCAAUGCGAGCGCUUCCUUCUUACUCAUGCAUCCGGGCGACCGAUAGAGGCUCUAGCCCUAGCCGAGAAGCACGAGAACAGCGAGUUGUAUCGUGAGGCUAGCCGCUUCGUGCUGGAUCAAGCUUCUUGGGACCCGGACGAGUUCGAAAGUCUCUCAGAGCAGACGCAGAUAAAGCUAUCCAGACGCCGCAUGUGGUUCCUCGAACGUCUACUCAAACUGGGCACGAUUGACGUGAAGAAGGAAUACGUCUGUCGUCCCGACUGCCCGGACCAGUCGCGCUGCCAGGCGCAGCUCGACGAGAAGUGGCGGCAGGCGCACACCGCUGUGUCGCGGUAUGGCCCACCACAACCAUCGGUCGCAUUCCGUUGCCUGCGCCAACUUGAGGGCUUUCCGACCAAUCCAGCCCUCAUCAUGCAGCACCCGCUGUGCCAAAGUAGCGCUAAGAGCUGGGUCGCCAGCUUGUUUGAUCGUAUGUUCCAGCUAAAGGCCAUCAGCGCGCGCACCCCUGGAACGGAGAAGUACUGGAUGUUUAUCACGAUGAAUUAACGACCGAGUGUCACAUGUGUAGCAUCAAAUCAU